AUGAUUAAACUGGCACAAGAUACUUAUUACCGAAAAAGGAUAAAAAAGUCUAAGCCGGUCGUCCGCAAAUAUAAAUCUGGGGAUUUUAAAAUUUCUGUACAUCAUACGGAUAAUUGUUUUCCAAAUCUAGACGAAGUUUCUUAUACACUGCCCUAUUUGAGAAAUCAUUUUCCAACUGAUACGUGUGUGGUGUGUUUGGAGAAAUUUAAGGAUGGUGAAUUUGUGCGUCAGCUUCCCUGCGCUCAUGUUUUUCACCAUACCUGUCUGGAUGGCUGGAUUCAGAAUAAAACAAACUGCCCGUCUUGUAGGAGGGUGUUGAUCAUAAAAUUUACAAGCUCCUAUCAAUGCGUCAAUUGGGAAGCUGGGAGAAAUAGAAAAAAUAUCGAAAUUCAUAUGCUCACUAGACCGAAAUUUAAUUGA